CAUAGUUGGCGUGUUGUUGGUGCUCGGCUCGGCUGGCUGGUUAACAUCAUGAUUGGCGUACUCAUUGGUUCUGAGUAAAUUUAGCAAUUUCUAUUCAUUUCAAAAGCGUCUAUUUUACGGGUGUUUGUCAAACAGGUCGAACAGAGGAUCUCCACCCCACCAACAAGCCGUCUACAAUGCCGAAAAAAUUUGGCACCAACACGAAGUCAGCUGAAGCUCGUGCUAAAAAGGAAGCCGUCAAGGUAGCUGACAAAGAGAAGAAAGAAAGGCAAGCAGAGGAAGCCCUCUGGGCGGACGAUGACAAGCACAUAGCCAGGAAACAACAAAGGAAGGAGGAGAGAGACAAGAAGAAAACGGAGCAACUUGAGAAGAAGGCAGCACUGAAGCAGAUGUACGAUGAAGAGAUGAGCAGCAUCAAGUCUGUGAAAGCACGAGCCGAGAAAGUCACAAGGGCAGACAUUGCAGCCUUAGCCGAAAGGCAACAGAAGGCACAAAAGGACCCACAGGAGUUGCUGCUGCAUGAAAAGCCAUUGGAAGAAAAUAUCAACCGAGUCUUUGUUGAAAAUGAAGCACGGACUGUUGAAGAAGCAAUUGCUGUGCUAAGUGUGAAUGAUGCACCACCGGACAGGCAUCCCGAGAGGAGGGCCAAGGUAGCCUAUGACGCCUUUGAGAAGCAGAGGCUUCCCGAACUCAAGGCCGAGAACCCUAACCUGCGGCUCUCCCAGCUAAAACAGAUGAUCCGCAAGGACUGGAUGAAGUCUCCCGAGAACCCCCUCAACCAGAUACAGGCUGCCUGCAAGUUCUGACAGCAGUAUGGGCCACAUCUCUUGGCUACACAUUCACGCACUUAGCUUGUCUGGAUGAAGGUGCAUAGCGUUUUGUUUAACUGAUUAGGUGCAAGUUGCUCAGCAGUGAACUGGUUCUGCUGGGAUGACGUCAUCAGUGUUAUUGUUCAGUCAUUGGAUGCUAGGGUUUUUAAGCACUUCAUCAGGGCCUUAAGUGUCCAGCCUAAGUACAGUUGUAGUGUCUAUGUGUGAACUUUUAUUUCUUGCUAUGAUCAAUUUGUUUUUUUGUUAUGCUUGUAACAGAAACUUCAAUGAGUGAAAUUCGUGCCCUCUUGUUUAAUUCAUGCACCUCGAUAGUGUUAAAAUUUAUGAAACUGAACAUCGUUAUUGCCCCAAGUUGAACAGUUGUGAGCGUGUGUCACGGAGAUUCAUUAGUGCCACAUUUCACAGCGAACUUUAAUGGCUGUUCUGAAGGAGCUACUGGAAUUGUCUGAGUACUGGAAUUAUGCUGAAAUUUGGCAAACCUAAAUCAGCCAGAGAACUAAAAGGCAUCGUUGCUGGAUCUGAGUAGAGCUUGCACGCACAGCUGGCAGUAGUCAUGCAACACCCUCUUAAGACAUCGAAGUGACUAGAUUCCCAAACAGUGGAGUAAGAGCAAUUCACUGCAGACUUAGUUGAUCCAGAACGAUUAGUAAAAAAAUUUGAACCCAUUCUGAAUCGACCGGUGAAAAACCAGUUUCGUCAUGUAGUGAAAAAAGGAGCAUCCCCUCAACCGACCUUUUAUACCUUUGGCCAUCGGACGUUAAAGUUUUUAAACACUCCUUCAAACUCUGGCAUCUAACUUAUGUGCAUUUUUAGUCUUGCUGGUGUAAUUUUCUUUACUGUGAUGACCUUGCCCUGGUUUAGUUAUGUACAGCAACUUUAAUGACAGUGGAUUCAAUUGUGCAGUGUAUUCACUGUUUAUAUAUAAAGAACUGAAUUGAUGUGUCUAGGAGAGAGAAGCAGCAGAUUUGUGGUUGCUGCUUCAUUUUAGCCCUUCAUUGAAUGGAUGUGAUGGAGAUCAAUAAAAGCACGGGCACUGUGUGCUUUCCUUGCGAAACAAGA